UUCUAUCAAUCGUAAGACAUUACAUGGGAGCAUUGUAAAAUUUUGGACCUCCCAAAUAGAAAGUGGAAGGUUCUUCAGUGUAAUUAUUGUGAGCAGAAAUACAAAGGUGGUGGGAUUAACAGAAUGAAGCAACAUUUAGGUCAUCAAGAAAAGGGGGAUGCAGCGCCUUGCCGAAAAGUUCCUGAAAGUGUUCGAGAUCAAAUUCAAAAUGAUCUUAACAUGGUUUCAGCUGGGAAGAAAGUAAAGCCAGGCAAUGCUUCAAAGAAGAUCCAAGACAAACAGUAUGUUAGCAGACAGGUUGAUCCUAUACAAGGAGAAGGAGAAGAAGAUACAUGUCUUCUAGUUAAGGAAGGAAACAUGAAGGCUGACCCAACUGGCAUUGUUGAGCUUUCUGGACUACUAGUAGGUGGCCAACAUAAACUUAUUGAAAAAGCUACUCCUCUAGAACAUAUGAAUUCCAUUUUUUUUGCUGCUAGCUAUGAAAUGAGCCAUGCGAAUGAUGAGACUUUGAUUGAUAAUAUGCAAGAAGCAACUGGUGCUAUUACUGACCUAAGGGACCAGGCUUCAGCUACUAUUACAAGGCCCCAAACCUCAACUGAUCAAGCAUCUUCCUCUAAACUAGUCCCCCCUACAUUUGAUAAGCAAAGGUCUGAAGUAAUUGAGAACAAUCAAGAUCUAGAUAACAGAUUGAGCACUGUGGAUAUAAGUACUAAUGAGUUGAAGAGUGCUCAAGAGAGGCAAUUUGGAGCUCUCUUUGUUUAUGAAGCAACCCAGUAUGAAAAUGUACAGGGGUAUAUGAUACCAGUCAGUUUAUCACACACAUUUGAUUCGAUUUGUUCUCAUCAUGGUGAUAUCUUCGAAUUUUGCUCCAUAAAAAGGAAGGAUACACGCAGUCUUUUAAUAGUCCAAAUGUGUAAGAUAGUUCAACAGAUUCAAGCUACCAAAUAUGAAAAUAUUUCUGAAGCCAUGAUAAAUGAAUGGGAUGAGGCUUGCUCAGAUCACAAAGCCCUGAAUAUUUAUAAUGAUUGGCUAAUGAGCUCGGUCAAGACACUUGAAAAAUGUUUUAAGGAGAAAACAAUGGCUAAAAUGGUGGCUUUGGAAUUGGAAAUUGUGAAGAAGAAGAUUGAAAUUGAGAUCAGAAAGAUAGACAUGGACAGUGCAAAAAUUGAUUCCAUUUGCAACCGCUAUGGUGAUAUCUUUAAAAGAUGCAUUAUUACAAGGAAGGAUACACGUCGUCUUAUGUUGGAUCAAAUGUGUGAAGUAAUUCAACAGAUUCAAGCUACCACUUAUGAAAACAUUUCUGAAGCCAAGAUGACUGAGUGGUACGAGGUUUGCUUUGAUCACAAUUCCGUGAAAAUUAAGAAUGAAUGGCUAAUGAGCUCAGUCAAGGAACUCAUAAAUUGUUUUGAGGGGAAAAUAGCAGUCGAAACGAAGAUCUUGAAAUUGCAAAAUAGUGUGAAGGAGAAGAUUGAAAGUGAGAUAAGAAAGAUAGACUUGAUGAUGGAUCCAUCAUAUUCUAAGUGGAGAAAGCGUGCUGAUGAAGAUGUCGAUGCAGUGAAGAAUCCUGUAGCACAUCAUGAUAGAUUCAUAGUAAACGACAUGGAUGGCAGUGCAAGCAAACAAAUCUUCAACAUGAGAGAAAAUGAUGGAGAACUUUCGGUACACAUAGGAGACUAUUAUGCAACUCAAGUGGAACUCUACACCUUAGAAGAUCAAAAUUGGAUUGGGAGUCCAGUUGUUAAUAUCUUCGGGCAAAUGCUAAUCCUCAAACAAAAAAAACUAGAUGGAGUCAUAUCGCGCCACUACUUUCCCACAUACUUUGGGGAAAAGAUUGCUAAAGGAGUAGAGGAUCUAGAAUGUUUCUAUUCAGUGAAGAACCUAGACUACAACUUGACUCGUUGUGAAUUGCUUUUCAUCCCCAUAUGCUUGGAUAAUCAUUGGUUCUUAUACGUGAUAAAUUUGAAGGAUCAAAGAAUAGAUAUUCUGGAUUCCAUACGAAGAAAAAAUGUUCCUGAUAUUACACACCAAAUUGUGGAUACAUGCGAGAGGAUAUUAACCUUGCUAAAUGAAGGGAGGAUACUUUCAAUUUCCAAAUGGAGUCAAGAUCGGCCUCAACUUCCAUUACAAACAAACCUGAAUGAUUGUGGUGUCUUCAUGUUGAAAUUUAUGGAGUGUUGGAAUGGGGAAUUGACUGAAAAUUUCUCACAAGAUGACAUUGUAUUUAUCCGAAAGAAGAUCCUAGAAGACUUGAUGCUAUUCUCCGGAAACAAUGCUAAAAAGGAAACUUCAAUAAAGUAUUAACCGAAGGCGCGACUAUUUGGAGCGUAUGAAUCUUUAGAACAUAAUUGUACUAGGAUGCACUCAAUUGUAUUAAUGUGAAUCUCGGGUUUUGAAAAUUCCCGGUCAUCCAUUUUGAAUUGGGUUGCAAUAAACUGUUUGAUUUGAUCAA